GGUUAUUUUCCCUAACCUUUGGCUGUAAGCUGAAAUCAGUAGCAAUCGGUUGUUUUACCUUAUAAUAAAUAUUUUGAAUUUUGCUAUCAUUGAUUGUUGGAUGCCAUGAUUAUUUGAUUUACAUUAUUAUAUUUAGUUUGUUUAUAUAACUUUGAAUUAUUUUAUAUGCCCGGCUAGUUUUUUUUUUUUUUUUUAUAUUGGCUAAUUUACGUGUUUUCAAUAUGAGUUCUGGAUUUAUUUCUGAGACUGAAAUAGCAGAAAAAAGAAGAGUAAGACAAGAAGAAUGGGAAAAAGUCAGGCAACCCAAUCAACCAUUAGAGGCUCCUGAAGAAGAAUAUGACCCUCGAUCACUAUUUGAAAGACUGGAAGAACAGAAAAAAAAGAAAGAAUUGGAAUAUGAAGAAACUCACAGAUUAAAAAAUAUGAUAAAGGGCCUUGAUGAUGAUGAAAUAGAGUUUUUGGAUCUUGUUGACAGAUCCAAACUAGAAGAAGAAAAAAAGAAAAGUGAAGAAGAAAGACGUGAGAUUGCUGAUUUUAGGAAUAAAGUUGCAUCUCUGCAUGAGCAAAGUCUCGAACAGAGAAUUCAACACGAAAUCAGGCAACCUUUCAGGAUUAACAAUAAUAUUAAAAGUGGAAGAACAUCACAGACAAAGCUUUUAGCAGGAGCUGUCAUUAAAAAACGGCCCUCUGAAACGAAAAGUGAAGCAAAAGAGAACCCUAAACGUCUUCGGCCUCUAUCUGAGGAUAAUAAUAAUGAAGGUGUUGAUUCAAGUGAAAGAGUAACUGUCACAACAGAAAAUGAUCAACCUAAAGCAGGUAGCUUGACAUGUAUAGGAAUUCUUCCAGGAGUUGGGAAUUAUGAUAUUUCCAGUGACGAAAGUGACUGCAGUACUGAUAUCGAAGAAGAUAAAGUUAGAUAUGAUCUUUUAGGAAGGCGAAUCAAAAAGAAAUGUAAAAGUGGCAGCGAGAGCGAUUCAUCUAGCUAUGAACAUUGUGGUGGGCCGAGUAUAGAAAGUCUGGUAUCCAGUGAUGAGGACUAAAGAAUUCGCUUUACUUUUUCUUCUUGAUAUGUAAUAUUAUCGAAUUUAGGAUUUUAUUUCUUAAGGAAACCAAGCAUUGUCUGGGGAUAUUUUUGCCUCAUUCAUCACUAUUCUUUUCAGAUUCAAAAUUAGCCAUUUUCAUUUAAUACUUUUCAGGUAAUUCUUAAGUUUAAUUGAUGUGAAUAAUUUGAUUGAAAUACAUAUUGAUUUUUAAACACUAUUUUGUGUUAAUAAAGUUAAUUUUAAC